GUAGGCAGAAGUAGCCCAAGAGGGACUCAUUUUCGGCGUGCUGGACCUCGUCAGAAGGUUUGUUUUGAAUCUGAUGAAGUUCUUGCAUGCAUCGUGACUUGUGGAGGUCUCUGCCCGGGUUUAAACACAGUGAUCAGGGAGUUAGUCUGCGGCUUACAUGACAUGUAUGGCGUCAAUAGCAUUCUUGGAAUAGAGGAUGGAUACAAGGGAUUCUAUUCUCGGAAUACUAUCCCUUUAAGACCAAAAGUUGUGAAUGAUAUUCACAGACGGGGCGGUACCAUUCUUGGGACAUCAAGAGGGGGCCAUAAUACAUCAAAAAUAGUAGACAGUAUUCAGGAUCGAGGAAUUAAUCAGGUUUACAUUAUUGGAGGAGAUGGUACUCAUAAAGGAGCUGCAAUGAUCUUCGAGGAAAUCAGAAGGCGCGGCCUCAAAGUUGCUGUUGUUGGAAUACCCAAGACCAUUGACAAUGACAUACCGGUUAUAGACAAAUCCUUCGGUUUUGACACUGCUGUUGAGGAAGCUCAACGAGCCAUCAAUGCAGCUCAUGUUGAAGGUGAAAGCAUUGAGAAUGGUAUCGGUGUUGUCAAACUAAUGGGACGUGAUAGUGGUUUUAUUGCAAUGUAUGCAACUCUUGCGAGCCGAGAUGUGGACUGCUGUUUGAUUCCAGAGUCACCCUUUUUUCUGGAAGGACAUGGUGGACUCUUUGAACAUAUAAAAAACAGACUCAAAGAAAAUGGGCACAUGGUUCUCGUGAUUGCCGAAGGAGCUGGGCAGGAUCUUCUCAGAGAAAGCAUGCAUGUUGUGGAUAAGAAGGAUGCUUCUGGAAACAAGCAGCUCCAAGAUGUCGGCUUCUGGAUAUCUCAGAAGAUCAAGCGCAUAAUAGAGAGACAGAAUAAGGUGGUAAUAACAGACCGGAUGUGGGCAAGGCUCCUAUCUUCAACCAACCAACCAACCAAGUUUUUUGGACGCGAAAGAUGUUGCUGAAUCGAAGAAAGAAAAACCGCCAUCAUCGCAGUUGUUAAGUGAUGAUGAUGGUGAAAAUUUGCAUAGAGAAAAUCAUUCAGGAAAAUCUUCUUAUUUCUUGUGAAGAAGGGUUUGAAGGGGAGAAUUCCUGUAGCAAAGAGAAUGUGUCAGAAGGGAAGUCAUCCAAUAAAGAGAAUGAGAAAGGUCAUCUGGAUAACAGGCUGACAGCAAAACUUGACAGUAGCUAGAAAUGUGGAUAUCUAUUUGUAGUUUUCUGUGUUCAUGUCUGAUUUUCAGUUAAUUGCUGUUAACCCAUGCGUAUUUCGGGUUAUCACUUUCUAUCUUUAACUUUUCAGAUUGCAUGUUUGUCGUUUUUACUGUAAAAGUUACUGUGGUUAUAAAUUUUAGGACAUAGCAAAUAGGAUUAAUAUUUCCUACACUGACAAUGUAUAUAUUGUCAGCAUUGAA